AUGCGCUCUCCGUGGCCCCGCCCACAAUCGCAUCAUGUGCCGUAUUACGCUGCUGUGAGGGGCCUCCGCCGCGUCGUUCAUUCAUCACAACAACUCGCGUUCUCAAUGGCGACUGCUCCGAUGAAAAUUCUUGUCACCGGCGGAACCGACGGCAUAGGCCGCGAAACUGCCAUCCAACUUGUCGACUUGGGUCAUAACGUCACCAUUGCUGGAAGAAGUCAAGAGAAAGCGGAUGCUCUCAUCGAUCUGUGCAUCGACAAAUACCAGCGCAAGGUCAAGUUCAUCAAGGUUGAUCUCUCAGUAAUGGAACAAGUCAAAAGCUUUGCAAAUCGCGUUGCCGACGAAUGCUACGACAUUUAUAUUAUGAAUGCCGGCCUUAUGAAUCCGGAAAAAACAGCAACUGUCGAUGGAUUGGAAAUGACUAUUAUGACGAAUCUCAUUUCGACAUACAUUGUCGUCAACACGGUGCUCAAGAAUCGACCGGAUGAGAAGAAAAUGCAUUUUGUGUUCAUGACGUCGAUUCUCAUCAAAUUCUACAGUGCCAUCCCAAUUGGCAAAAAACUUUUCGAUCCGACCGUCGUCGAACAAUGGGAGAAGGCGGUGAUUCCAAGUGACAAGAGUGGUCCCGGAAUGUACACAAUUUCGAAGAUUGGAACGGCAAUGCUGGCUGAAUGGAUUAACUCGAAGAGCAUUCCGGAUGUUACUGCUACUGCUAUUCACCCGGGAUGUGUUCACACCAACAUGCUUAAGACCCUUCCGGCUAGACAACAGUUCUAUUUGAAGAUGUGCAGCCCGUUCACUACCAAACUGGGACAAGCUGGAAACAACGUGGUCCAUGCUGCUCUCCACCCUCUUCCGCUAAACGAAUACUACGUUACUUCACGAGUGGAAAAAUUGCCGUCAUUCAUGCAAGAUCCGAGCACGAUGGCUGCCUUCAGCACGUUCCUUGAGAAAUACUUGUAA